GCUCACUUUCAGACGCGGGGCCAUCAGUCACCUGUCAAGCUCCUCUUCUUUGGAAUCACAGCCUCGUUGGUUCAAAAGCCGUAACCGAAAAUCGGUAUCGUACCUAGGUAUUGAGUUGGAAACGGCAGUUGAAAAAGAACUGAGAGGCAUCUUAGCAUCAUAAGGUUGAUAAUGAAACAUGGGGAAAGGAAUGGCAGUCGGUAAGCCGGAACCAAGGGCCGAGAAAUGAGCGAACGAUGUUCGGAGGUCGACAUCAUUGGGCGGAGAUACGCCCCUGUGUGGAUGGUAAGCCCGAUAUGAACGGCGAUUUCGUGAGACGAUGGACGCUUGUCUGUGUGUGUUCGAAAUUUGUUAUUUUUUUGGGAGAGGAGUGGGGUGUUGCAGAUCAUCGUAAGCCAACGGAUCUUCUCUGAACAGCGCUGGUAAGGCCAAAGACAACAAUAGUUGUAUCUGGUGACAUGAGCUGACCAAGAGCGCGGAGAGGGCCACAGACGAAAGGGCGUAACCUCGCUGAUGGCUGAUGUCUACCUUAUGAUGCUGAUUGACCAUGACUUUUCUGACGAUGGUGUGAAGCUAUCUAGCUAGCCGCAAGUCCCAUCGAACGUGAAGAUCAUUCCUCGGUCAUCAACAUCAAGAAAGACUCAGCUUUUAUACCGGAGCAAGACUGGCCUAGACGAGCCAGGAUGAAAUGGCCGCGCCCCAAGCAGGUCAAAGCUCAUCCAGCGUCCGAAGCUCUAGCAGCGUAGUAGCCAGGUUCAACAUCCUUUCCGGUAGUCACGAUAAGGCUUAUUAGUGCCAGGGUAUUAAUUGAUGGGGAGAUUGGGCCCCUCCUUUCGGGAACAUUAACACGUUUUGUGGUGCGGUAACUGAUGGACUAGGCCGUGAGAGGAAGGGCAGAAUCAGUGCAUAUAAGAAGAUCUCGCCUUCCUCCUCCGCAGCGUUGUCUCAUUUCUGAAUAGACGUCCUUCCUAGGUGUGCAUUUUCGGUCUUGGACUCAUUCGUCUCAUCAUGUCCGCUCGUACUCGCACACGACACCACCCCAGCGCCGGCACCCGGCCUCGUCCGCCGCUUAUCCAGACAAGCCAGGCGGCUGAGCCAGCUGCCGAUGGCCGGAGAGAAGACAAGAGCGCAGAGUCCAACCCUUCAAGACCGCCCACCCCGGCCCCAACCUCCUCCAGGGCGUCCAACCCUCUUCCGGACCUUUCUCGCGUGGCAACCGCCGCUUAUACAGCUUCUAUCCUUGCCCGCCCACCUCCGCCUACUAUCUACGGUCGGCCUGGUACUCGUCCAUUCUCUCUCGAUCCGUUGCCGUUCACCGACGAAGAUAUUCCGUUGCCCAAACCGUACAACUCCAAUUACCCGCAUCCGAUUACCGCAUACGCCUCUCCUGGGGUCAAUCCAGAGACUGUCAAAGGAUCAGGCUAUAACAAGCUGCUGCAGGAUAUCGUCAAGGAGGAUGUAAAGAGCGCUCUCGGAGAUAUCCUUUACGACGCUGGCUUCAGAGAUCUGUCUAAUUCAGUCUAUUUGCUCUUUUCUUACGAAAGCAUGGGGCAAGGAAAUGGGAUUCCGGAGAGUCUCUGGAGCAAAUUUGAGAAUGUCAACAAUGUGAGGCUGCCAGCCGCCGCGGCUGUCACUGCGUCGGUCGUUGCUCAGGUCGAAGAAACCCCUCCCAGAUUUACUCAGUCUCAACUCAACUCAACCUGCAGCAGCGACUUUAAUGCUCAUCGCACUGUGGAAAACAACCAAGCGAUGGGACGCACUCUCAGACUGUUAUCCGGCGAGUCGAUUUUGUCGCCGCCUUAUAGCCUGAUCCAGACACAGACACACACACAGCCGAGAGACAGGGAAGCAAUGGAUGCUUGGAAGACUGAAAUAUGCGCGGCUUGGGAGGCUACCGGACGCUGCAGAUAUGGAUCUAGCUGCCAGUUUGCUCAUGGCAUUGAAGAGCUCAAGCUUACUCGACAGUCACUCAUCAUACGUGGCCUCGCCCCCCAAUCUCCUCCAACACCUUCUGAUAUACUCUCCCCUAUUUCUCCACAUCGUUCAUCCGUCUCCCGCUAUCCCGUCACUUGCAGGUCUAGUCAGACCCAGAUCUACCAUCCUGCGAUCAUCUCGGGGUGCCCUUAUGUCAUCAAGGCUAGUGAUAGGAGAAUGUCAGUUCCACAUUCGCAGCUGAGUAGGGUGGCAGAAGACGAGCUGCAAUUUAACGAUUUGGACUUGGGAUUCAGGCGCCUGUCAGAUGUGUCAUCUGGCCCUCCUUUCGCCAACACUCAAAACCUCGGUGUGCCGUCAUCACGUCCUCGUUUCGACCCCCUUCCAUCCAAAUUCGCUCCUUCACCUGGUGAGGAAUAUCAAGGCUACCUAUUCCCUCCCUGCAAACCCACGUCCCUUUCCUCUGACUCUGCUUCAUCCAUCACAUCAUUCAAUAUUGGCCCGCUCUCAGCUCAGGAGAAACAAAGAAGACUGGUUUCCCAACCAAGUAACUUGACAUUGUACACUUCGUCGUCAUCUUCAACUGAAUCUGUCAGUGGUGGAUCGAGGUUAUCCAUGUUCUCGGCCUUUGACGAUGGAUUGGGCGAAAGUCUGGUCACCCCAAUCGAGGUUGGAUGGGAGAACAAUUACCUAGACUCCGCCUCUGGCUCAUCAAGCUCUAAAACAGGGCUCGACAUCCAGUCAAGUAAUAGCGGGACUGGCGAUGAGAUCGGUUUCGAAGCUACUGGAAUGAGAAAAGCCGGCCUAGUCAAGUCGGGAAGUAUGGGCAGUGUGGGCAUGAUGGGGUUACCGGCCCAUUCGAGCUUGCCUAGUAUGGUGGGGCCGAAGGUGUCAACUACUUACGAAUUUUCGAGUGGCAAUUCCAUCUGGCGUUGACCUUGCUCUGCCUUUUUCUCAGCUUCACGAAAAGAGUCAUGUGUACUUUUCAAAAACGAUCUGUGUCAAGUCAUGCCUGUGAUCCUUCUUCCACAUCUUCAGCUUUUGUUUAUUGUGGGAUUUUGUAUAUCUGCGCUGAGUUGUCGGUCCUUUUUUUCUCGCCUUUGCAAAAAUAGACACUUUAAUAAAAGUGCAGUAAUGCUGUAGCUUCAAUCCGAUUGACAGGUUUUGGCAUGAUGUUAUUGAUAGGCAAAAGAAGUGGUUGUGUCUGAUAGCUUUUAUGUUCAUGUCAAGUCUAGGUACUGGCGCCUUGGAUCUUAUUAAUUAUACACGCUCAUACUUGUUUUUCCUUUUCUAUCACUUCGUCUGUACCUGCUACAGGUGCUUUGAGAAAAAAAAUCCAACAUGCAUGUCUUAUGAUA